AUGGGAAUAAACCACAGAGGAGACCACAAGCGCAGAAAGACAGGGGCCAAGGCAGUCAUCAGCCGUAAGAAGCGGAACAACAGGGCCGGGUCUCAGCCAAGUUCAACGAAGAUAGGAGAGAGAAAGGUCACGCCUGUCAGGGUGCGGGGCGGAAACAGGAAAUAUAAGGCCUUGAGGCUGGACAUGGGGCACUUCAAGUUUAUUACCACAGGGAAGUUCAGGAUGGCAAAGCUUCUGCAGGUUGUGUACCAUCCUAGCUCCAAUGAGCUUGUCCGCACCAACACACUAACGAAAAGCUCGGUCGUCAAGAUUUCGGCAGAGCCAUUUAAGAAUGACAUCAAGGAUGUAGCAAGGGAUGUCGAUCCCAGCCUACAUGAGAGUUUUGAGAAGGGACAUUUAUAUGCAAUCAUCACCUCCAGACCUGGACAGGUUGGAAUGGCACAAGGGCACGUUUUGCAGGGGGACGAGCUGAAGUUUUAUGCCGAUAAAUUUAACAAGAAGUCCAAGGAAGUUCGGAAAUAA